AAAUUGGGCGACUCCCUUUUCUCUCCGAACGCGGGUCCAAGGCACUCGGAGUUGCGAUGGCCGACGACGAGAUGGUCUUUUCGGGAGAAACCCUAGAAUCUCUCCUCGAAGCAUCGAAGACCCCGGAGGGCCGCUGGCAUCUCGCCUCCGCCGGAACCCUAGACGCCAUCCUCCGACUCCCCUCCUUCCCUCCCCACACCCUCCUCCACUACCUCCGCCUCCUUAGGAACCUCUGCGCUGGCGAGGCCGCCAACCAGGACUCCUUCAUCGAAUCUGGUGGGCCCGAUCGGAUCGCCGCUAUCCUCCUGGGGCCGCGGCCGGCCCCGCCGGAGGUCUUGCGAGCCGGGCUGCAGCUAUUGGGGAAUGUCGCCCUGGCCGGGGAGGCGCACCGGUCUGCCGUCUGGGCCCGGUUUUUCCCGUCAGGGUUCUUGGAGUUGGCUCGGGUCCGGGAGCCCGGGGUCUGCGAUCCCCUGUGCAUGGUCUUGGACACGUGCUGUUCCUCCGAUGGAGGGCGUUGGAGGUUGGAAGAGCUUUGCGGGUUCGAAAAGGGGCUGCCCAUCCUCCUGGAAAUCAUCACGACGGCUUCCACUGCUGGUCAUCAUGAAGAGUGGCUGGAGUGGCUACUCUCUAAAGUUUGCAUUGAGGAUCCAUAUUUUUUCCUUUUGUUUUCAAAGUUAGGCCCAUCAAAUGUUUCACAUAACUCCAGUGGUGUUGAAUACCAAUAUACUGUAUUUACCAAUGAGCAAGCAUUCCUUUUAGGUGUGCUUUCGAAAUGCUUGACUGAGAGACCUGAAGAUAUCACCAUUUCCAAUGAUUUUGCACUUGAUAUAUUGAAAAUCUUGAAGGCUGCUUCUACAAUUGUGGAUUUUAAUUCCCGAGGUAGCUCUGCUCUUCCAACUGGUUCUCCUGCAAUUGAUGUACUAGGAUACUCGCUCGCCAUUUUGAGGGAUAUAUGUGCUUGGGAGAAUCCUACAUCACCAGCCACUGAGACCCUCAUUGACUCACUGCUAUCAGCUGGCUUUCUGGAACUUCUUUUGAGUUAUCUACAUCAGCUUGAGCCCCCAUCAACUGUCAGAAAAUCUAUAAUUCAUGUAAAAGACCAAAUAAUACAACAACCAAUAACUGAUUCUUCAAAGGUCUGCCCGUACAAAGGGUAUCGGAGAGAUGUUGUUUCUGUGAUUGGAAAUUGUCUACACCGAAGAAAGCAAGUUCAGGAUGAGACCAGACUUCUGAAUGGGAUUCCAUUGCUAUUGCAGCAGUGUGUUGUUGAUGAAGAUAAUCCAUUCUUGAGAGAAUGGGGAUUGCUGGCUGUAAGGAAUUUGCUGGAAGGAAAUGAGGAAAACCAAUGUGCGGUAGCUCAACUUGAGCUGCAAGAGCCUGUGACCUCACCUGAAAUUGCUGGAUUAGGUCUAAAAGUGGAGGUAGACAAGGAAAGCGGACGUGCAAAGCUGGUCAAUAUUUCAUAAUCCAUAUGUGGAAGAGAAAACAUGGAGAUCCUUAAGGGACAAUUUCAGACAAUUUUAGGUGAAAGUUUAAUGGAGAUUGUAAUGACCUAGGACCUUAUCCAAAAGCCUAGACAGAAAUUGUAAUUUGGGGUCUCCUUAGCCCUCUUAGUAUCGAGGACCUCCCUAAUGCGCAUCAAAUAUGAGGAUAAACACAUGAACACACAGGUUCUCAUACGCUCUUUAGGCUUUUCAGAAAAUUUUUAAGAAUCGAUGUUGUAAAAACAUGCAAUGAUGCCUUUUCAGCUGAGUAAGGGACAUCAUCCGCAGAUCCGAGAAAGUCGAAGCUUUCUCUGUGUCUUGCGCAGUAUUUGCCUUUCUGAUUGACUGAGGCAAGCCUGACGGAAUAGUCUUUUAGACCUACCUCUAGCUUGCCUCGGAAUACCACCCAACGGAGCGGCGGCUCCCCGUGUCCUUUCUACCCAACAGGACAAGAGUAUACAGGUCCGCCAGGGGCGAAUAAGAGCUCGUCGAACCUAGAUUCUUGACUGGGAAGCUCAGCUUGGGAGACAGAUGCAAAAGGAGGUGAUCUUGUUGCUGACCGAGUCUUGACCUCACUCCUGGCUCUCGAAAUGCUCAAUCAGGCUUUCCACUGAUUCCUACCAACCAAGGCUGCAAGUGCGUGCUGUUGGACAUCUUCUAUGGAUCUGUCCUUUGCAACAAGGAAAAACAUAUGAGCAGGAUAAAUGUCAAUGCUCAUUUUACUGGUACAAAUUUGAAGUUUCAUGGGAAAUGGUUGUCAAGCUUCCAACACUGUUCAGCUCUUUUAGCACAAUAAAUUUGCAGCUUCUAGACCAGAUGUCUGUAGAGGUUAGCGUAAUAUUAUAAAGCCUUUCAAUAGAAUGCCAUGAGAGCAGGCUGCCUCCUACCUCUUUGAGCCAUCCAUGUUAAAUAUAAAUUUAUGAUUGAUAUAUCACUCAUAUUUAUUCCAUUUCUCAGAUAUACUAUUAGUUAUGGCUGGGAACUGUCAGCCACUUAAUUGUGAUUACAAAAUUGUCACUGACAUAUUACCAUUGAAUAGUCAAUCAUGUCAUCUUGUAUUGUAUGAGAACUAUGCUUAAGUUGGAGAUAUCUUUGCCUUUUCUAUUUUGUUUAGUCGGUCUUGUAUUGGAGGACAUUGGAUACAAUAUAUAUUUCCUUUUUUUUUGAAAAUUCUUUUCAUCGGCUAUUAGCCAAUUCCAUAUUAUAAUAUGUUGGAAGUAAACAUAUAUGCAAAGCGGUUAUCAAUGGAAGGGACAUGGCAUAGUCAAUCACAACAGCAAUUCUGUUGUGUUAGGUGCAGACAUGUUCCUUAUCUUUGAUUGUAUGUUCCAUAUCUUUAUCACAAUUUUUUGAUGUAGCUCUCUAAAUAUUCCUGGCUUGUUCAUUUUGGAAGCUAUCAUGAUAGUAUCGGGCAUUGUGCUAGUGUUGGACAUGGGUCCAAAUGGUUCAAAUGGGAUUCCGAUGAAUGGUCACAUAUUUGUAAUGUGCAUCACCCAAGGAAAAUAGUGAAUUGUUACGGCUUUAGCUAGCUGUAGUUUUUUUGCCUGGGAAGCUUAACCAGUUGUACUAUAGGAUUUGAUCAUUAAAUGCCUAUGCUGUAUUUCUAGCCACUGUAAUGGCUUUGGUUGGUACAGGGGAUAUUUUAAAAUUAGUUUUAAGAAAAGUUCUAAAUUUUCUUCUCGGCCAAUUCAAUUAAGUGCUUGUUUGAUUUUAAGGAAAUCUACAGAAAAGGAAAGGAAAAGUAAAACUUUUCAUGGAAAGGUAAAGUUUUCUAGAGAUGCAGUAGUAAGUUUUCCAAAUUUUCAAUUUUCUAUUGAAACAAACAAAUGGAAAUUUAGUUUUCCGAGGAAAACAAGUUCCCUAUGCUAAUUCUCCUCGUAACUGAAUAUUAUCUGAGGGUUUCUUUUAUUAUUCAUUUUUUUUUAAUUUCAUCAUAUUCUAUAACAUAAUGGACAUGGUGUUUAUACUGGUAUGCCCUACAUAAUUUUGUUUACAACAUUAUUAGUUUAAGCCACAGAAAUGGGAAUAUACUUCUUCAGCAUAAUAUCCAAGAUAAUGUAAACCAGCUAAACAACGUUGAAUCCAUUCUUUCUGUUUUGUCCAACAGGUCUAGUCUUGCUGGUUUACUCUAAUAUUGCUUCUAUUAGAACCAUAAACAUUUGUGGAGUAGACCUCAUCAGUCUUUCCAUCAGCCCUGACAUUUGUUCUGUUUACUGUCUUAUUCUCACCAGAAUUCCUCAAUAAAAACAGGUCUACUUUUUUGGCAGUCCAGAAUUAAGUUCAAUUUAAUGCAGUGAGGAGAAUUCAACUUAGAUUUUCAUUCAAAUUCCUCACCAGGAACUUUCCAGUAGAAAUGAUGUUUUGAGAGAAUGGUCUGAUUACAAAUAAAUUUUUUAUCAAUGAAUUUGUUCAGUAUAACACUUCUAAGCUCAUCUUGAUGCUCUUGGUGGAUCCAGUUACCUGGUCAACCAUCAGGAACCCUCCGUUAAUGUACAUGGAUAUCUGUCUUACAUAAUUCUGCAUCUACUUACUUGAUUUGUACUGUAAUACUUUCUUCAAAUGCUUUAUGUACAGUUUGGACUAGAGUGUUAUAUUAUUGAGGAGCAACGGCUGCUUUAUGCCAUUUAAGGAUUCUAACUGGUGGGAGAUGGUUGGGUUAUGCCUACUAGGCGGUGCUUGCAUGCUCCUGCUAUGGGUAUGUAACGAAAACAUAAGAGCUAUUACUUCUGAUUGGACCUUGGAUGUUGCAGAUGUUGAAUUGCAAAUUUGGGUAAAAAAGAACAGUAUCUCUUUUGCUUAUCAUCCAUUUUAUCUAAUGGUGUAACUCAAGAGUGUUCCUCUUCACAGAUCCUCUUCACAGGCACAGAAGGCUGUCCAUGGAGAUGCUCGUACACUGAGAAUGUCUUUUUGGCUUCAUGCAGGCAAAGCGGAUGACUAUCUUUCGUCACUCCUGACAGGUGAAAGAAGUCGUGCCAUGCCACUUAUUGACUGACUGUUGCUGCUGCUGCUGUAAUUGGAUGAUCAUGUAUCUUUUGACAGGCGACUGUUAGUCAUCUAUUAGUACAAGUAUAUAAUGUAUAGCGAGAACACUGGAUACCUUCAUAGCUUCAAUGAACUCAGGUGCAAUGCAUGUGGCCAAGAUCAGAAUAUCUUUAAAUGGUUAAAUAUUGUUUUGGCCUUGAUUGAUAAUAACAAUUAAUUUUUGAUGGAUGUAAUGCAUUACGUGGAAAUUCAACAUUCUAAGCCUGUUUUUAAGUCGA